GCAGCUGUAAUUCUGCAUGAUAUAGGGUACACAACCAAAACAAGAUGGAUCCCUUAAGAGCUCAGCAGCUGGCAGCAGAACUUGAAGUUGAGAUGAUGGCAGAUAUGUAUAACCGAAUGACUGGAGCCUGUCACAAAAAGUGUGUUCCUCCUCACUAUAAGGAGCCAGAGCUGUCUAAAGGAGAAAGUGUUUGCCUGGACCGCUGUGUCUCAAAGUACCUGGAUAUUCAUGAGCGGAUGGGCAAGAAACUCACUGAGCUGUCUAUGCAAGAUGAGGAACUAAUGAAGAAAAUGCAACAGGGGAUGGGACAUGCACAAUAGUUUUUCAUCUUUUGGAGCUUGACCAUUCCAUAUGUUAUAUCAGGCCUUAUUAUUAAAACCAUCUUAAAAAGUUAAACUGUUGGAUGUUAAAAACAACCAAUCAGGCAAUCACUUUUAUGUUGUACAGAGGCAGCCGCUUGUUCUAGACAACAGAACCUGUCAUGUCAUGUUUAAUACAUAUGGCACUCUGUAUUUU